UUUUUCUGUUCAAAAAAUCGACACGAGGCAAUGCAGCAAGACACCACCUAACCUACCACCAUCCCCAACAAGUAUAUCGAUAAAACCGAAAUCCAAAACAAAAAAGUUAAUAAAACCGACAAUCAUGUCAAUAAAACUACUAUUUAUGUAGUAAUUAAUUAAACUUAUCCGUUAAUUAAGAGCCCGAUUUGUUUACAAAUUUUCUCCAUUCCUCAUCUUCUAUAUCACACACACAACACAAAUACAGCCCAAAUCCAAAACGCAAGAAAGGAAUAAGAAAAAACCGUUAAUUAGGGUUUAGUUCGUGUUUUUGAAUUCGAUUCAAUUCAGAAACGAUGAUGGAUGGAAUAAGCAAUGGAGGCAUGUUGUAUCACGAGGUGCAAGAAUCGAAGCUCUGUGCUGUUCAUUGCGUCAACACUGUUCUUCAAGGUCCGUUUUUCUCUGAAUUCGACUUGGCUGCACUCGCUUCCGAUCUCGAUUGUAGAGAGAGGCAGAUGAUGAUGCUUCCUGCUCACUCCGCGGCUGGUGAUUUGUUUUCUCAUAAUGUUUCUCUUGACGGUGAUUUCAGCAUCCAGGUUUUACAAAAGGCUUUGGAGGUGUGGGACCUACAAGUCAUUCCUCUUGAUUCUCCAGUUGCCGAGCCGGCCCAGGUUGAUCCAGAGCUGGAAAAUGCCUUCAUUUGUCAUUUGCAAGAUCAUUGGUUUUGUAUCCGCAAAGUGAAUGGAGAGUGGUAUAACUUUGACAGUCUCUACGCAGCUCCACAGCACCUUUCCAAGUUUUACCUUGCAGCCUAUCUCGACUCUUUGAAAGGCUCUGGAUGGAGCAUAUUCCUGGUGAGAGGAAAUUUUCCAAAAGAGUUUCCCAUCUCUUCGGCUGAAGCUUCCAACGGUUUCGGCCAGUGGCUUUUACCUGAAGAUGCUGAGAGAAUAACUAAAUCUUGUAACUCAGUACAGCAGGCUCCACAACAAGAAAGAGUUGAGGAAAGGCAACAAUAUUCAAAUCAGUUUCUUUCACGCGAGGAAGCUGAACUGUUUUCGGACAUGGAAGAUGAGGAUCUAAAGGCGGCUAUAGCAGCUAGUCUGAUGGAUUCUACCCCCAUUGUGACCAAUAUUGCUGAAGCUAGUAAUCCUCAAAAUAAUGACAAGCAAAAGAGUAUACAAGUGGAAACCAUUGAAGAAGCUAGUGUACCUCCCAGUGAUAAAAACAAUCAACAAGAUGCGUCUUCUUUAGGCGGUGAUAACUCUCAAAGGGAAAACCAGAAUAAAGAGAAGAACACUCUCUGAGUUGAGAGUAGUGUGGUUUUAUUUGCACCUGGUUUGUUUUUGCAAUUGAGGACAAUAAUCUAUGUCGGUUUAGUUGGUUAAAACAUACAUCAGUGGCUUCAAGUCAUGGUUCUGUGCAGUAUACACAUUCUCACAUGGAUUGCAUGAUUUA